AUGGCCACCCACGGACCGAUCCAAUCAAAAUUACCCACCACCCUGAUCGACCAGAGCGGCACGGCCUACACGUCGACCUCCACCAUCUCCCUUCGCUGGUAUUAUGACGACGGCCUGCAGACAUUUCAAGAGACGUUCUACAUUGUCGACAAAUUGCCUCGCAGCGGUGCAGAAGGAGGAGACUGGGAUGCCAUCCUCCGCGCAGGGGUCGAGCCCAGCUCGGCCGUGGGUCGAGCCUACCCGUACUGUACCAUCCCUGCAGGCCACGACCCCAGACGGGAGGCGGAGAAGAGGGAGCGGAUGGAACGAGGCAACAAGCAGUGUCAAGCUCAAAAGGAGGACCAGCAAAAGAAGAUCCGCGAAGGGCUGACGAAAAAACUGAAGCCUAAUACCAAGCACUAA